AGAAAGAUUUCAUUUUGAUUACCGGGCUUCAUAACAAGAAAGAGUAUUUGGCUAGCACAGUUGUUGUCUUUCCUGUACCAUACUGACGCGUCUGCAACAACCACAAAGCUAACAACUUGACAAACUAGCAGAUAUUUAUGGUUUUUACGUGACUGGAUUGAUUUCCGUAUUCUUUUUCUCAGACCAACAAUCGUUAUUAUCGAAGUAAAGAUCUCGAUUUUCUGUUGACCGGAACUUAAGGGGCCGUACGCUUAAGGGGGUUGGUGGAGUGGAGUUGUUAUGCUGCUAAGGAAAGUUGUGUAGUAAAAGUAUUUUUUUAAAACCAUGUCUGAACUCUUCAGAUCGGCAAUGGGUUAUUUUAAUAGCAGUACAUAUGCAGUAGGAGCAGAAAAUGAGUUAGUUGGGCAAAUAGUGGAAUUAGGAAAUGUGAAGCUGCGAGUGAAAAAAGUCAUAGCAGAAGGAGGAUCGGCUUUUGUAUUCGUAGCUCAGGAUCCAAGUACGGGGAAAGAAUAUGCUCUGAAGAGACUUAUGGCAGCAGAUGAAAAUACAAACAGAAAUAUUGUACAAGAAAUAACAAUACUUAAGAAACUUUCAGGGCAUCCAAAUAUUCUUCAGUUUUUAUCAGCAGCCUGCAUUGACAAAACAAAAUCUAGCAAUGGGAUGACAGAAUAUCUGUUACUAACUGAACUCUGCCAAGGUGGAACACUAGUCGAUGUGCUGACUCAGCGUACAACACCGCUACCACCAGACAUAGUCUGUCGUGUGUUCUGGCAGACGUGCAAGGCUGUACAGCACAUGCACAGUCAGCAGCCCCCUAUUAUUCACAGAGAUCUCAAGAUAGAAAACCUGCUGAUUGGCGAGGAUGGCAUGAUCAAACUGUGUGAUUUUGGCAGUGCAACUACUGUAUCAUAUCAUCCAGAUCCUUCCUGGUCAGCUAACCAGAGAUCACUUUUAGAGGAAGAGAUGGCCCGUUAUACAACACCCAUGUACAGGUCUCCAGAGAUGGUAGACACUUGGAACAACUAUCCUAUUACACAGGCAUCAGAUGUCUGGGCACUAGGAUGUAUUUUGUACACCUUAUGUUAUAUGAGACACCCAUUUGAAGAUUCAGCCAAACUGCGCAUAAUAAAUGGGAAUUAUACAAUUCCAAGUAGUGAUGCAAAAUAUUCAUGUUUCCAUGAAAUAAUUAGGGGUUGUUUGCAAGUGAAUCCGUUGCAGAGACUAACUGUGUCUGAUAUUUUGGAACGCCUUGCUGCAAUAGCGGAAACAAAAGGUUUCAACCUGAAGGAGCCCCUUUCACUUGAAGGAAAAAGGAUCAGUGCCAACAGUAGUCCAGCACAUACAGCUGGUGCUGCCCCUGCGGCAGCCGUGUCUCCUCCGACCACUAACCAUGUGACGGAGGACAAACCCCAGCGCCCACCACGCCCCCCGAGCUCCCCCAUCCCGACUCCCCACGGGCCGCCACCACACAGGCCGGCCCCCCCUCCGUCAAGGCCAGCACCACCUCCUGUUGGACAAGUUGCACAACAACAGGCAGCUGGAGGUGGCCUUUUCUCCAGUUUACGGGGAGGUGCUGGUAGUUUCUUGAAAAACCUUAGGGACACAUCGAGCAAAGUUAUGCAUACUGUGCAACAGAGCAUUGCCAGAUCUGAUAUUGAUUUUAGUUAUAUUACAUCCCGACUGGCUGUGAUGCCUUUCCCAGCAGAGGGCCUGGAAUCUGCAUAUCGUAGUAAUCAUGCUGAUGAUGUUAAGGCCUUACUAGAAACAAGACAUCCAGGUGGACGUUAUGCUAUUUACAAUGUGUCUGGGCGCUCGUAUGCAGCGACCAAGUUGGGUGCUGGAAGAGUUGUUGAUUGCGGCUGGCCUUCACAUGGUGCUAGACGAGCACCACCUCUUCAUGCACUUUAUACUCUUUGUAAUGAUAUGUAUGCAUUCCUGCAGAAGGAUCCAAAGAAUGUGUGCAUUGUACACUGCACUGAUGGAAAGGCAGCUUCAGCAACACUUGUGUGUGCAUUCCUAAUGUUUGUUAACAUGUUCAGGAGACCUGAAGAUGCUGCACAAAUGUUUGCUGUAAAAAGAAUGCCCCCCGGUCUUCAGCCAUCUGAAAUGAGGUAUCUCUACUACAUGAGCCAUGUACUUAAGGAGCCAUCCACACAUCCUCAUUUCAAACCUAUUACCCUGGUGUCUGUUACAUUACAGCCUGUUCCCUUAUUCACUAAGGUCAGAGAUGGUUGCAGACCUUACGUAGAAGUGUACCAGGGAGAAGAGAGAGUUUUGUCUACAUUGCAAGAAUAUGAGCGGAUGCGGCUGUUUAACAUCACUGAAGGCAAGGGCGCUGUUUUUCAGGUCACACUUCCCCUCAAUGUCACUGUGCUGGGUGAUAUUACAGUUGUUGCAUAUCAUGCAAGGCAUACUCUUGGAGGUGUGAUGUCUCAAGGCCGUCCAACCGGAAUUAAAAUGGCACAGCUACAGUUCCAUACUGGAUUCAUUGGAGAAGAAGAAACCAGCUUAAGAUUUACAAAGAGUGAACUGGAUGAUUUGGGUGAUCCAGAACAUUAUCAGGAAAGGUUCACUGCCGUAGUGAACAUUUUUGUCAUGGAUGAGGAACGAACUCCUAGUCAGCAACCACCUUGGGUUGGCCACUCCUCAAAGAACUUUACACCAGAUAUUCUAUUCUCUACAAAAAUUGAAAAAGAAGAAAACUUUGAAACAUUUGUUAAUCAGCCACCUCAGGGCUCACCUGCCACUGCCUCAAGAGUAAAACCACCGCAGAGACCUGCACCUCCACCACAAGUGAGAGAGUAUAGAGAUGCCAGCCCAGAACUGCAAAGAAAGGAACACGAGGAAGACCAGAGGGGAGUUCCUGAUGGCUUUUCAAGUUCUCCAAAACCUACAUCAGAAUUGCCACAACAGCCAACUGUUGAGGCAAAUUUGUUGGACAUUGGAGGAGCAGGAGAUGGUGUGGAUCUGCUUAACAUUACUGCCAGUAUGGGUGGAGAGAAGAUAAAUAGCAGUGAUCAAACAGCUGAUUUGCUGGGUGGUUUAGGGAAAACAUCUAGUGGACUGGAGGACUUACUACAGGGCCCUUCAGUUGCACAAUCAGUGCCACAAAACAUGCUAUUUGACCCUUUUGGCAACAACCUACAGGGAGAUAGUGUGGGUAACAUCCCUAAUGUCCCUGUACCUGGAGUGACACCUCGCCCAACAGCACCUAAUCUUCUUGGAAGUUGGGAUAACUUCCAGAGUGCUCCCACAUACGGUAUUGGCCAAGGAUCACAGCCAUUAGGUCCAGGCUUAAUGCCAACAUCACCCAGUAUACCAAGAAAUGCCAGCACACCGAAUCUUGAGAGCAAGGCUCGGGAUCCUUUCGCGGAUUUGGGCAACCUUGGAGCUGGUCUUGGUGCAGGGUGGGCUGGUAGUUCCAAACCCACUACACCAAUGAAUGGCACGCCUAGAGCCGGUAGUCCUACAAAUGUCUUUUCUUCACCACAACAUAGGCCAGCAAGUUGGGCAGCACAGGGGACACAGGGUAUGCCCCCAGGAAGCACAUCACCCAUGCCAGGUCACACACCUGUCGGUACUCCUCAUCACCAGCCAAAGUCACCAAGCGAGGCAAUGAAAGCAGACUAUAGCCGUUCACACUUUGACACUGUCAAUGCAAAAUCGGCAGAUGCCGGGAAACCAGGGAAACCAAAGCAGCCUGGUGAUGUAUUUGGAGACCUUUUAGGUAGUCAGGGUUAUGAGUUUGCAUCCAAGAAAGAGUCUGGACCAAGGACAAUUAAUGAAAUGAGGAAGGAAGAACUUGCUAAAGACAUGGAUCCAGAUAAAUUGAAGAUCUUAGAAUGGACAGAAGGUAAAACACACAAUAUCCGGGCCUUGCUGUGUUCUAUGCACACUGUCUUAUGGGAAGACACAAAAUGGAAUAAAGUUGAGAUGCAUCAGUUAGUCACAGCAGCUGAUGUGAAAAAAGCUUACCGUCGAGCGUGUCUGGCAGUUCAUCCUGACAAGCAAACUGGAACACCAAAUGAGAAGAUUGCUAAGCUAAUAUUUAUGGAACUGAAUAAUGCUUGGAGUGAAUUUGAAAAUGAUGCAAGUCAGCAGCACAUGUUUGCAAACUGAACGGCUAUCUUCCAGGAGGCAAAAAGUCAAAACUGUGCCGAUAAAGAGUGCAAUAAUAACUACUUAAAAGGAUGGUUGCAUCCUUUCUUUUCCUGUUGUGUAUGAAUCUGCCAUGCUUUUAUAUAAUUGUUUUAAGUCACUGUUAUUUUGUCUUGUAGUUUCAUUGUAGUUGACUCCCAAACUAAAAUUUUUGCCCAUUUUGCUGUGAUGUGAUAUGUCCCAUAUUUUGAUCCUAUAAAAUACUUAUCAGAGGUUAGCAAACUUUAAUAAAUUAUUUUUGAGAGAAGCGUAUACAUAAGUUAAGGUAAUCUUUACCUUGCAUAAUACACCAUUUUAAAUUGAUAUUGGGAUAUAUAUUUGUUGUUAAAUUAUAUAUUUAUUCUUAAUAAUGAAUGAAUGACAAACGUUAGGCACAAAUGUGCUCACAGAUAUUAAAAACAAACAUUCCCAUGUGUAAUUAACUGAAAUGUACUUGUAUAUUUGAGCAGAAUGUACCGUGUAAGACUAAAAAGUAAUAGUAGUAACCAGGUGCUGAAAUGGCAGUCAUAGGUUCAGAAAUGUGGCAACAGGUCAUAAAAUUAAAGUGAAGCUUUGAGUAACUUGCCAUUGGAACAGUUAGAACAGUAUUAAUUGUUAUGCUCCCCCAAUAUUUUUGUGCAUGUGUGCCUGUAAAGUCCUCAUUGUUGGGAUUUUCAAAUUCCACAUUGUUGCACAUGUGAAAAGUAAUUAGUUUCACAAUUUUUAUUGUUGAAUUUCAGACUCUUGCUGCUAAUAUGUACGGUUUGAAUUUCCAAAAUGAUUUUGGAAUAGUUGGUUGUACUGCUGUGCAAUAAACAUUUUUAAGAGCUACAUUUUGUUUAUGCGCUAGUCUAAACUAUUUCAGUAGUACGGGUUUGACCGGAAGCUUCAGAUAUAAAUUUUAACAAUAAAUCAACUAUUAUUACAUAUUUUGGUUGAAAAAGAAUCUGGAAACUGAACAUAAAUUUCGUUUUGCUAUCCAUUAAAUUGUAUAUUAUAAAUGUUUAAGGAAAUGGUUUGCUGUUUAUAUGUGAAGCAGAUCUAAAACUGAAAGUCUGACAAUAUGUAAAUUAAAUCCACUGACUACUGGGCUAAGUAUAAUACUCAUUAAAAUUUGUAUCAGCAGUUGAUGGUAAAAAGAUUGUUUCUUUGUAAAAUACUUUCAUGUUUCCACACCCCCAAGAUAGUAUACAUCAUAAUAUAUUUUAAAAAUGUAUAAAGUAAUGAUUUACAGGCUUAUAUUAAGCCCGUCCUAUGUAUCACAGUAGCCUAAGUUGUUUACUGUUUUAUGUAAAUAUUGUAUUUAUUGCUACACUGUUGUCCAUAAUGUGUCAAUUUUAUUUCAUAGAUUGUUUUAAUUGAUUUUGUAGGCCUGCUCUUGUAGCACAGCAGUGAAAACAAUAAAUGAUUACAAUGCUAAUG